AUGACUUGUCCCCUCUGUGACCGCAAGUUCCAAAGUGCUCAUGGACUCUAUGGUCACUUGGCCCAGAGCGACGAGGCACAUCUGACUGUGUUUGGAGGCGAGAAGACCUUCACCAAGGCUGUUGCUAUUUGUGGCAAGCGCAUCAUCGAUGCUGAUAAGGCGAGCGUUGAGGCACAGAACACCGAACCAAGAGAGAAACCAUGGAAGGCACCCCUUGUUGGGCAGAUGCCGAUGCACUUGCAUUCUCAGAACAUCAUCCACCGCGACAUCAAGUCUGACAACGUUCGCCUCGAUACUUGUGGCAAUGUUAAGAUUACCGAUUUCGGUUUCUGCGCCAAAUUGACCGAGUCGAAGAACAAGCGUGCGACUAUGGUCGGAACUCCUUACUGGAUGGCCCCUGAGGUCGUCAAGCAAAAGGAGUACGGCUCUAAAGUUGACAUCUGGUCGCUUGGUAUCAUGGCCAUCGAAAUGAUCGAAUCGGAGCCGCCAUAUAUUAACGAGGAACCUCUUAAGGCAUUGUAUCUGAUUGCAACAAACGGAUUUCCUCGCCGAUAG